GUUUUUUUCUGGUCUCAAUGCGGAAGAAAAACACGAAGCUCAGAAUUCCUGAUAAACUUUAAUCGGACCUGAGGCGAGUUUCCACGAGACCUGAAGUAUUUGACCUGUCAGGUCAAAAAACAUAACACCAUGUGGCCAAAUCAAGGUCCUCCUCCUCCAGUGGGUCCACCAAACCCUGUCUUCCCACCUGGCUACAACCCUGCAUAUCCUACUGCACCCCCAUCAGGUGCCUUCCCCCAAGCUCCACAUCCAGCGUACCCGGCUGGGCCAUACCCAGCUGGUCAAUACCCGGCUGGCAUGCACCCAGCCAUGGUACCAAAUGCACCUGGAGCGAUGCCUUAUCGACCUCCAGGGGUUUAUCCUGCAGCUCCAGGUGGAUAUCCAGUAGUCCCUCCGGCAGGUGUUCACCCUGGUCCGUAUCCACACUCCCCAAAAGGCCAUAAAGCCCACAAAGGCCACAAGGAUAAACACAAGGAUAAACACAAAGGUCAUUAUCCUGGAGGGUUAAAUCCCAUGGCUGGAGCAUGCGCCGGAGGAUUGGCUGGAAUGGGCAUGGGUUUGGUCGGACAUAAAGCCCACAAAAAAAUGAAGAAGAUGAAGAAGAUGAAGAAAGGACCCAAGGGCUUCAAACAUGGCAAGUCCUCCUCCAGCAGCAGCAGCAGCAGCAGCAGUAGCAGCAGCAGCAGUGACGAAGAGUGAUGUGACCAGUUCAAGACAAGGCUCUCACGGAAAUGUCACUUUACAAAAGGGCAACCUGACUAUUAAAAAUAAACACACUAAAGUCAUAUUUAA